UCAACCACCCUGCGCCAACGCAUCGCUCGGCAUCGGGCGCAGGGUGAGCUUGCAGCUCGCGCACGAAUGCGGCGACCUGCGCUAUGCGCAGCGGUGGCCGUGAGCAGCGCACUGCAAGCGCUGCCGCACGCCCGGCGGCGCACACCCUUGCGCGCCGUCGACGACGAGGCACAAACCGCCUACAACCCGUCCACGGAGAUACUCGACGAAACCAAGAAGAAGGGCUUCCUCGCGCCCGCGCCGUCGCCGACGGCCGCCGCUGGCGCGCGCCGCGCGGCCGAGUACCUCGCGAACCCUAGAUUUGAAGUGCUCUCGGCCGCGAUCACGUUGCUCUCGUGCGCCGCCUACGCGUUCAACACGUUGAAUGACCUGCCCGAGACCGUCGCGACGGCUUUACCAGUACUGGAAAAGGGGGCGUCCGCGUUCUUCUUGGCCGAGUACCUGGCCAGGUUUUACUCCAGGGGCUUCGACGCGCGGCGCGGACCAGCGUACAAAAAAAGCUCUCGUGGCCUAAUGGACAAGGCGUCGCCCUCCUAAGGCGAAGAUUGCGGGUUCGAGUCCCGUCGUGAGUAGACUGGUCCGCUUUCUCACAGGUUCCCGCUCGAGGCGCUGAACGUUGUGGAUUUUGUGAGUUUCCUGCCGCUGUUCGUGUCGUCGUCGGCAGAUACUUACUCGUUCUUGCGGUUGUUGCGCGUGCUGCGCUUGCAACGGUUGCUGACAGAUGUGGAAACCUUCGCGGAGGUCCGGGAGGCGCUGGGCCUGUCGUCGACGUUCGACAGGUCCAGGGUCGAGGUGACGCUGCAGCUCGCGCGCGUCUUCUCCUCGCUGUUUACAUUACUUUUCGUGGUCCGCGCGCCGGCGUCCCUAUACAAUCACGUCAAAGACCGAUGACGAGAACCAUGCUGGCACCAGUCCUAGCGGACGGUUUGCCCCGUCCACCACACGUGCGGAGACACACACUUAUUGGAAUUACCGUCCGAGGUCACGCUUCGCUUCACGACAUAUGUCUCCUCCCGUUAUUUCGCGACAACACUAUGUUCCGCACAGGCGUCGGGGCUCAUCUACGCCGCCGAGUCCGGCUCGAACGCGCAGAUCUCGGACUUUUUUGAUGCAUUGUACUUCGGGCUGACUACUUUAACGACCGUCGGGUUCGGCGACAUCACGCCCGUGACACCCGUCGGUCGUCUUAUCGUGUCCGCCUCCACCGUCGUCGGCAUCGCGCUCGUACCUUUACAAUUGACGGGCCUCGCGGAGACGCUCCUCAAGGAGACGCGCGCGCGGGAAGCCCAGCAGAAGAAGCCCAUGGGGUAUAGGGUGGAUCGCCUCGCGCGGAGGUGUGAGGUCUGCUCGGAGAAGGCUCACCGGCGGGACGCGCGGUUUUGCUUCCGGUGCGGCGCGGAGCUGCCGCCCUAGUGUUGUUUAAUCUGAUCACAUG